GGCCGGUGCACCCCGUCCCCCGCUUUUCUCACUGUCGUCUUCUAGCUUCUCACCUCUUCUUCUCCCACGGAGUUUUUUGCCGAGCUCCUAUCGCCCCUUUUUCCUGCAAAAAAGGAAUCGCAUCUCACCCUUCCUCAACAUUUAUCUCUCUGUCGUCUUCUUCUCUUCUUCUUCCUCCCCACGAAGCAUUGCCGAGCUUUUUCUCCUCUUUAGAGAGGAUUGCAUCUCUCUUUCUCUCUCAUCGCCCUUGUAAAUUUAUACGAGGGUACGAGGGAUCAGUUGUUUCUUGCUCGGUUUGUACUGGCUCUCCAGGGGACCAGAGGUUUGGAUUGGAGAAGGACUGGAGGGAGGAGGAAGCCAUGGAGGCCGAUUCGUGGAGCCGCUUCUCUGCCGCCUCGAAGCGCCACCAGGCUGCCGUCCAGCCUCGAUUCGAUCUGUACCUUGGGUAUGAGGAGAUCGAUGGAGGGGAUGAGGACUCGAGAGCGGAGUUCCUGUGUCCGUUCUGCUCCGAGGAUUUUGAUAUAGUGGGGCUGUGCUGCCACAUCGACGACGAGCACCCGGUUGAGGCUAAAAAUGGGGUAUGUCCUGUUUGUACAGCUAGGGUUGGCAUGGACAUGGUUGGGCACAUAACAGCGCAGCAUGCAAAUUUCUUUAAGAUGCAGCGUAGGAGGAGAUUCCGUAAAGGUUCAUCAGGAUCCCAUUCUACACUUUCUUUGCUGAGAAAGGAUCUGCGAAGUGGGAAUUUGCAAUCUCUUUUUGGGGGUUCUUCCUUUACAGUUGCUCCCUCGAAUGCUGCACCUGAUCCAUUGCUGUCAUCAUUUAUUAUGAAUUUUCCUGUUGCUGAUUCAUCAAAAGAUGUAAGGCCUGAAUCCUUGGAUGAUGGAAAUUUGAUUAACAAGACUUCAGAGGAGAAAGCAGGGGAAAGUGUUGAGCCAUCUCUAUCUGAGAAAGAUCAAGUGGAGAGAGCUCGGAGGAGUCAUUUUGUGCGGGAGCUUCUGUUGUCGACGAUAUUAGAUGAUUCCUUAUGAAAAGAACCCUUUAUUCUUGGUGACAAUAGCAGCAGCAGCAGCAGCAGUCCACGAUGAUAAAGAUAAAGCCCAAAGAUGGUCCCCAGACAGCUGCAUUGUUGUUAUCAUGACACACUGGCCGCUUGCACAAGAGGUUUAUUGGGAGGUUGUAUAUUUAACCUGCCUUAUUACUGCAGGGAGGAGAGCAUGGAAUUUAUUAUACUUAUCUAUUAUUAGUAUCGAUAUUUGGAGGGAUUCUUAAUUCUCCCUUUAGUGGGCAUAGCUAUGCAUAUAUGGAAAAACCAUGCAAUAGGUCUUGGUCGAGCAUUGUCUCAGUUUCUCCAUAAAUAAAUGUUUUAGACUUGUCAUCUUGAUUUAAUGGACCAUGCAUUUGCUCAAAAGAUUUAACAGACACAGCUGCUCAUUGUGCUGAC